UCUUUUUUGUUCCUUAUACAACAGUGAUGUGUGGCUGGAGGUGGUGUAUCGAUAAGUAUCGCGUUAUCACCCUUGUGUGGUCUGUAGAUCGAGCCCCGGAUUGAUACCCAGCCAUGCUAACCAUGCCUACCGUCCCUUAGGUGUCGGGUUUAUUGGCCUUACCAUACUCUCCAUGAAUAUAUGUUUUUCAGAACCCUCCCUCGACUGGACGGGAAAUCAUUCGAUGCGAAAAAAGCGAAAGCCAUAUACUAAAUAUCAGACGUUAGAAUUAGAAAAGGAAUUUCUCUACAAUACCUAUGUGAGCAAGCAGAAACGAUGGGAAUUAGCCCGAACACUUGGCCUAACCGAACGGCAAGUAAAAAUUUGGUUUCAGGUAAGAUUACUCGAUAUCAUUUUCUAG